AUGGCGAGUUGCAUAUUCAGCCUUUCUUAUGGCAAUUCCAAGGCUAAUGGAACCAAACCUGUCUACUAUGUGGAGUGGGGGAUACAAUCAUUUGGGUUUGAGACAGAUCUGAGGAACCACACACAGGGACAAGCGUUUUGCCUAUCUGUGUUUGAUCACUGGGCAAUAGUGCCAGGAGACUCUCUCGACAAAGCCAUCCUGUUGCGUGCAUCCAGCACCUAG